UCCCUCUCGAAUCAGCACCAUCACCAGCAGAAGCCGCGCCGCCUCCCCCGCCUGCUGCAAAGGCAGAAUCUAGAGCUACUCUUUUGUUCCUUCCAGAGGAGCCCCCAGGGCAUCCCUCCCCACUCUGCUUGGCAUGAUGAUGUGCGAAGUGAUGCCCACCAUCAAUGAGGACAACCGCCGUGGUUCAGCCUAUGGGGCUGAUGAUGCCAAUUUUGAGCAACUUAUGGUCAACAUGUUGAAUGAGCGAGAGCGGCUGCUGGAGACAUUGCGUGACACCCAGGAAAGUUUGGCUACCUCCCAACUUCGCCUGCAUGAAUUGGGUCAUGAGAAGGAAUCACUCCAGCGCCAGCUCAACAUUGCCCUCCCACAGGAAUUUGCAGCACUUACUAAGGAGUUGAAUUUAUGUAGGGAACAACUGUCAGAGCGUGAGGAGGAGAUCUCAGAGCUAAAGGCAGAACGGAACAACACACGGCUGCUGCUAGAACAUCUGGAAUGCCUAGUAUCACGACAUGAGCGUUCUCUUCGCAUGACAGUAGUGAAGCGUCAGGCUCAGUCCCCAGCUGGAGUCUCCAGUGAGGUGGAGGUGCUGAAGGCUCUCAAGUCACUCUUUGAACAUCACAAGGCUCUGGAUGAGAAGGUUCGAGAACGGCUGCGAGUGGCAUUAGAACGUGUUGCGGUAUUGGAGGAGGAGCUGGAAAUGUCCAAUCAAGAGUCUCUUUCUCUUCGAGAACAGCUUGCUCGACGCCGAUCCGGCCUAGAUGAUCCCAGCAAAGAAGGAGAUGCCCAGAUAUGUGCCAAUGGAUCUGGGGCCCUUGAGUUGGGGCGUGGGGGUCGGGAAUCUGAGCUAGAGGAGGUUUUGGAGCGCCAGAGAGGAGAGCUGUCCCAGCUGAAAGAAAGACUUACCAUGCUCUGUCGGCAGAUGGCAGAGCUGGAGGAAGAGUUAGCCACAGCCCAACGAGAUCUUAUUAAAUCUGAAGAGAUUAAUGCCAAGCUACAAAGGGACCUCAAGGAGGCAUUAGCUCAGCGAGAAGACAUGGAGGAACGAAUUACCACACUAGAAAAACGCUACCUGAGUGCUCAGCGGGAGGCAACGUCCCUUCAUGAUGUCAAUGACAAGCUGGAGAAUGAGUUGGCCAGUAAGGAAUCCCUCUACAGACAAAGUGAAGAAAAAAACAGGCAGCUACAAGACUGGCUAGAGGAUGCCAAGCAGAAACUUCAGCAAACUCUGCAGAAGGCUGAGACUUUACCUGAGAUAGAGGCCCAGUUGGCCCAGCGAGUAGCUGCCCUUAACAAGGCAGAGGAGAGGCAUGGCAAUUUUGAGGAGCGUUUGCGUCAACUUGAGGCCCAGCUGGAAGAGAAAAAUCAGGAGCUCCAGAGGGCACGCCAAAGGGAGAAAAUGAAUGAUGAACACAACAAGCGCCUCUCAGAAACAGUAGAUAAGCUACUAUCUGAAUCCAAUGAACGUCUCCAGUUGCACCUGAAGGAAAGAAUGGGGGCACUGGAGGAGAAGAAUACGCUAAGUGAAGAAAUUGCCAACAUGAAGAAGGUCCAGGAUGAACUCCUGGCAAACAAGGAGCAGCUAUUGGCUGAGAUUGAGAGGAUGCAAAUGGAGAUAGACCAACUGCGUGGACGCCCAGUCUCUACCUAUUCUCGCAGUGCUGGUGUGGCAAGACGUUCAAAGAAGGGGCGCUGGACUGUCAAGGACGAGGCCACCAAGGAGUGGGAACGGGCUCAGCAGGCAGCUGGAGGCUCGUUUGAGGGUGGGCUGGAUGGAUCAGAUGAGGAUGAGCGCGAUCCUCUGUUCAGCUCAGCUGACCUGCUGUCUCCCAGUGGACAGGCUGAUGUGCAGACCUUGGCCAUCAUGCUACAAGAGCAGCUGGAAGCCAUCAACAAAGAGAUCAAACUGAUCCAGGAGGAAAAAGAAUCCACAGAACAGCGAGCAGAGGAGAUUGAGAGCCGAGUGACCAGUGCUAGCCUGGACGGAUCCUUGGGCCGCUACCGUUCAGGCACUUCCAUUCCUCCGUCUGUCACCAGUUCAACUCUUGCCAGCCCUUCUCCCCCCAGCAGUGGCCAUUCUACACCCCGCUUGGCACCCCACAGUCCUGCUCGUGAUGGAGAAAAAAUGCAGAACCAUGUUGCCAAGGAAGAGGUGCGAGGCUCUGAGGAGAAGGCCUUAGCAUUAUGUGAGCCCCCAACACCCUCAACCCCCCGCACAAUGCGUCUUGAGCGUAUGACCCAAGCAUUAGCUCUACAGGCUGGAGCACUGGAGGAUGGGAGGGACCUGAGAACCAGCCUGGGGGCAGAUGGCACAAAUAGCAGCCAGGAUUCCUUACACAAGUCCACCAAGAAGAAAAGCAUCAAAUCUUCCAUCGGGCGUCUCUUUGGCAAGAAAGAGAAAGGGAGGCUGGGGCAGUUGGGCCGUGAGUCCCCCUCACUUGCUGGGACACCAUCUGAUGAGAUGUCACCUGCGGACCCCCUGGGCCUUUCUAAACUCUCAGGACCUGUGGACAAGGAUCGUAGGAACAAAAAGAAGCAUGAGCUGUUGGAAGAAGCUUGUCGACAAGGGUUGCCUUUUGCUGCCUGGGAUGGACCUACUGUUGUCUCGUGGUUGGAGCUGUGGGUGGGCAUGCCAGCCUGGUAUGUGGCUGCUUGCCGUGCCAAUGUCAAGAGUGGUGCCAUUAUGGCCAACCUGUCUGACACAGAAAUCCAGCGAGAAAUCGGCAUCAGUAAUCCUUUGCACCGGCUUAAGUUGCGCCUUGCCAUUCAGGAGAUGGUUUCCCUGACCAGUCCCUCAGCCCCUGCUACUUCGCGUACGUCUACUGGAAAUGUGUGGAUGACGCAUGAAGAGAUGGAAUCUCUCACAGCCACAACAAAGCCAGAGACAAAGGAAAUCAGCUGGGAGCAGAUCCUGGCAUAUGGAGACAUGAACCAUGAGUGGGUGGGAAAUGAUUGGCUGCCCAGCUUGGGCUUGCCUCAGUACCGCAGUUAUUUCAUGGAGUCGCUAGUUGAUGCCCGGAUGUUGGACCACCUCAACAAGAAGGAACUACGGGGCCAGCUCAAGAUGGUGGACAGCUUCCAUAGGGUGAGCCUUCAUUAUGGGAUCAUGUGCCUGAAACGUCUUAACUAUGACCGAAAGGAACUGGAAAGAAGACGAGAGGAGAGUCAGAACCUAAACAAAGAUGUGAUGGUGUGGUCCAACGAGCGCGUGAUGUGCUGGGUGCAAAUGAUUGGGCUGAAAGAGUUUGCCAACAACCUAGUUGAAAGCGGAGUGCAUGGAGCCCUCCUGGCCUUGGAUGACACCUUUGAUUGCAAUGACUUGGCCUUGCUGCUGCAGAUCCCAACCCAAAACACACAGGCUCGGCAGAUCUUAGAAAAAGAAUUUGGGAACCUCAUCACCAUGGGAACAGACCGGCGACUGGAUGAGGACAGUGCCAAGACCUUCAGUCGUUCCCCAUCUUGGCGGAAGAUGUUCCGGGAGAAAGACCUCCGUGGUGUCAGCCCUGACUCAGCCGAGAUGUUGCCAGCCAAUUUCCGCACAGCCUCCGUGGCCUCCAUUACCUCACCCGGGGUGCAGCUUCGUAAGAUGCAGCCAGAGGGGAACUCAUUAGGUAGCCAACGGACAGACAGUAUGUCAGUGCGAACGUACUCCUGUUAAUGCCAAUGUGGUGGAGCUGCUGUCCCAACCAUGUCUAACCUCCCUGCCUUGGACAGGAAGACCUUCUGCUGCUGCUGCCGCCACCGCCUCUCCUUCCCCAUCAUGUGCUCACAUGAGGGUACGAAGAGCUGCUGCCGCCGCCGCCGCCACCAUCGCCACUGCUGCCUCCAUUGCCAAGGAGGAAUAUGGGGAUGAUGGACAGACUGGCCGACCAAUCAACUGACCAACCAUGUUCCUCCCCACUGCCCUCUUCCCAGCAGCAGCAGUGGCUGAUGGUCACUGAUGAACUCAAGGGACUCAAGCCAAGGAGGGGCUCCUUCCCCAGAGCUGCAGAGGGAAACGGCCUUCCACCUCAGCCUCUAUUUAUUGUUGUUGUUUGUUCUGAGCAGGGACCUAAGAAUGUGAAUGAGAAAAUGUGGUUGCCCACGUGUCCUACCCCGCUGCUCU